UGCCGACAUGCUGAAUAAAAGUAGAAUAAAGAAAUGUGUGUGAAUAAACAUAUAGAAAGUGCGGAUAAAAACAAAGAAUGCAGAGACAUGGUACGCAAAACGAACAGUAUGAGAGCAAAGCGCCGGAAAAGCAUUGAAUGUCAAGUCAGUGCUGCCAAACUUUAAAACGUCGAAUGGCGGAUCUACAGUUUUGCAAUUUUGUUGUUUAUUUUCGAGAGAGACUCAACGAGUAAAGUCCGAUGUGAAUAAAUGCCAUAGCCAAUUGUUAUGUGAAUCGUUUUAUUUGCGUCGAGAAAUCUAUGUUACAUUUUCAAGAUGACCCCUAUUUUGCUAUUGCUGCUGCACUUAUUCUUCUUACUCACAGUGCAUGCGGCACGAAACGUAUCGCGUCGCAAUGUUGUGCUUGUGAUCUUUGAUGACCUGCGGCCAGUGUUGGGUGGUUACGGUGAUUAUUUGGCAAAAACACCUCAUUUGAAUGCUUUUAUGAAUGAGAGUUACCAUUUUACACGAGCCUAUAGCCAGCAAUCUCUAUGUGCUCCUAGUCGCAAUUCGAUGCUCACUGGCCGUCGUCCGGAUACUUUGCACCUUUAUGACUUUUACAACUAUUGGCGUGAAUUUGCUGGCAACUUUACCACAUUACCGCAGUAUUUCAAAGCUCACAACUACUAUACUUAUGGCAUUGGAAAAGUGUUCCAUUCUGGAAUCUCCUCGAAUAAUACUGACGAUUAUCCCUACAGCUGGUCGCAGCCGACUUUUCGGCCACCGAGUGAGAAAUAUAUGAAUUCGCCAGUAUGCCCGGAUAAUAGUGGUGUGUUGCGCAAAAAUCUUAUAUGUCCCGUUCAUCUGCAAACCCAACCACUGAAGACGUUGCCCGAUAUUGAAUCCACCGCUGAGGCCAUACGCUUCAUUAAUACUUACAAGCGUCGAAGGCCUUUUUUUCUAGCUCUUGGUUUUCACAAACCGCACAUAAAUUUCCGCUUUCCACAACAGUUUAUUGAGCGAUUUCGAGUCGAGGAUUUCAAUAACUAUACCACAGACACUCAUAAGCCAGUGGAUAUGCCAAAUGUCGCUUGGAAUCCGUACAUUGAUGUGCGUUCGCGUGAUGACUUUAAAUACCAAAAUAUUUCAUUUCCUUAUGGCCCGAUUUCAGCAGUGCAGCGCUCGCAGAUACGUCAAGCUUACUAUGCAUCUGUUGCGUACGUAGAUGACCUGUUUGGAAAAUUUGUCGCUCAUGUGGAUAGACGUAACACUAUCAUGCUAGUGACCAGUGAUCAUGGCUGGUCACUAGGCGAACAUGCCGAAUGGGCUAAGUACAGUAAUUUUGAAGUGGCGCUGCGUGUACCACUCAUCAUACAGAGUCCGGAAUUCCCACUGCAGACAUUUCAGCGAAUGCAUACGAUUGUGGAACUAUUGGAUAUUUUUCCAACAUUGGUGGAUCUAGCUCAUUUACCAUCACUACCACGUUGUAAUACGCCGUCCAGUGAGCAAUUGACAUGUGGUGAAGGCAAAAGUUUAUAUCCACUGCUGCGAGGCAUCGGCUUAGGUGACGAGUAUGUGGCGUUAAGUCAAUAUCCGCGUCCAGGUAUUGAACCAUCGAAGCAUCCCAAUAGCGACAAACCAAAACUUUUGAACAUCAAAGUGAUGGGCUACUCAAUGCGGACAACAUCUUAUCGAUAUACGCUUUGGGUGCGCUUUCACUCACAAAAUUUUAGUAGAGACUGGAAUGCUAUAUUUGGCGAGGAGUUGUACGACCAUCGCUUGGAUGCAGGCGAGGAAACAAAUUUGGCGUAUAUGAUCGAGUUUAAUGAAACGCGUACAUAUUUGAAGCAUCAAUUGAUUACAGCCUUUUCAAAAUAAUGAUAUUGUUUGUGUGAGUUAAAAAUACAUUUAAAUAAUGUGCGUGUUUAUUUGGUGAAAAAGUGAGUAAAUAAUUGUUUCAAAAAUUCA